CUUUCACCGUCAUAGACGUUUCGAGCGCGCAGAAGGAGCGACACAUCCGUAAUCUCGUCGCUACGUCGUCGCGCAAUCUCGAAAUCUCUUCUUCGCGUUCCGCGCGAGAUCGAAGGAAUCGCAAUCGCGCCUCGGCCUCACAGAAAUAUCGGACUCGAUAUUUCGCCGAACGUGUCUUCCCAUCAGGCAUUCUACGAUUUUGCAAAAAAGAAAAAGAAAUUGACGAGCGCGAUUGUGUUAGUGACGAGCGAUUUUUCAUCGAUUUCACAGAGCACGAAUCAGAGUCCUUUUAAGAGUGCAAUCAUAUUCGCCUUUGUGCUUGAGUAGUGCUCGAUAUCUUCGUAUUAUACCGGACUAAGGGAGACACGAGAGGCACGCUAUGGAUACGGAAAAUCGACGAACGUUUGAUCUGAUCGAUUCGAUCGUGUUCGUCGGAUUGCUGAGUAUCUCCGCGCUCGUAGGUGUCUAUCAGUGUUACGCGUCCAGAAAGAAGGCGGACGCGGUGGGAGAAUAUCUCGUGGGCGGUCAAAAGAUGUCUAUAUUUCCGAUAAGCAUGUCAUUGAUAGCAAGCUACGUGUCCGGCAUAGCGAUGCUGGGAUUGCCGGCCGAAAUGUACGUGUACGGCACGCAAUUGUGGUGCAUCGUGAUCUCGGACUCUUUCGUUUCCUUGACGAUGGUGAUCGUCUACCUGCCGGUUUUCUACGGUCUGAAAAUUACAUCAUCCUACGAGUACUUGGAGUUGAGAUUCAAUCGAGUAGUUAGACUCAUGGGGUCGGUUAUCUUCAUCAUCAAGAUGUUGCUUUAUAUACCGCUGGUGAUAUACGUGCCGGCGCUAGCUUUCAAUCAGGCUACCGGGAUAGACCUCUACACGAUCGCCCUGCUGGUCUGCGCGGUGUGCAUCUUCUACACGACACUGGGUGGCUUGAAGGCGGUCGUCUGGACGGAUACGAUUCAGACGGUGAUGAUGUUCGGCGCUAUCAUCGUCGUCGCCGUACUCGGCACGAACAGAGUUGGCGGCGUGGCGGAGGUGUGGAAAAGGAAUUUCAAUACAGGGAGAAUUGAAUUCUUUAACAUGGAUCCGGAUCCUACGGUGAGACAUACUUUUUGGACAGUGGUGGUCGGCUCUUAUUUAAAUUGGUUGGCUACGUGUUCGGUAAAUCAAUCGAUGGUGCAGAGAUGCCUGGCGAUGCCGAAUCUGAAAAAGUCCAACGUGGCGAUUAUCAUAAUGGCCGUAGGAAUAAUCAGCAUUGUCUCGUUGUGUUGCUACACGGGAAUCAUCAUCUUCGCGGCCUUCUACGACUGCGACCCGGUCACGACGAAGCAAAUACGAAAGCCCGAUCAACUGUUGCCGUACUUUGUGAUGGAAUUGUCGCACGCGAUUCCAGGCUUACCAGGACUGUUUGUUUCCGGUGUAUUCAGUGCUGCGUUGAGCACAAUGUCGACCGGAUUGAAUUCCAUGUCGGGCGUAAUCUACGAGGACAUGAUCAAGCCGUGUUUCCGUAAUCCGAUCUCCAACGUCGGCGCAAGCCGCAUAAUGAAAGCCACGGUUGUGAUAAUAGGAGCCAUUUGCGUAGGCUUGGUCUUUAUGGUGGAGAAACUGAGUGGCUUGAUUCAGGCCGGUAGAAGCUUGUCAGGUAUAACCGCAGGUCCUUUACUCGGAAUGUUCACGUUGGGCAUGUUCUUUCCAAUGGCCAAUUCUACGGGAGCACUUGUCGGUGCGUUAGUCAGUCUUAACCUGGUUGCUUGGAUCUCUUUUGGAUCGCAAGCUGCGAUCUCCACGGGAUCGAUUUAUUUCCCUGUGAAACCGGUAUCGGUGGAAGGCUGUUCCGAGUCACUGAGAAGCAUCGCUGGAAAUCUCACAUUGAUCGUCGAGAACGCCGUCAGGGAACAGCCCUUCUUUUUGUACAGAAUGUCGUAUCUCUGGUACACGUGGGUGGGUUUCUUAACUACAAUUCUGGUGGGCCUGGUGGUCUCGUGGUUCACGGGCCCGCAUAAGUACAGUUACGCGGACAAGAGACUAUUUACACCCGUUAUACAUGGUCUCUUACGCUCGAGGGAUUCUCCGAAAACGAAUCAGGCGGAACUCACGAGAAUGGUCAACGAUGCGAGCGAUACGACGACGCAGAUUUCUUCGAAAUGUUAACGAAGAGCCGUUUGGCUAAAAUUGCCGAUUCGGCUAAGAGAUUUAUAUUCGCAGGGAUUAAAUCUAGAUUCAUUCAAGUUUGCUUUCGACUAGUUUUGAUAUCUCGUAAAAUUAUAUUGCGGAGCAAAUGACGGUCCUACUAAAUCUUUUAAUGAUUUAAUUGUCCAUCGUGCAUAAUCAUCGAUCGAUCACAUUACAUAUAAGACGAAACUACUACGUCGAAUAUUCGUCAUUUCACGCACGCACAAACUAAUUAAUGAUAAAUAAACUAUUAUACAAACCCAGGCAAAGUGAGAAACAACGUUACAAAACGAGAUAGUCUCGUUUUGAACGAUGAACGUCUCGUAUUUAAAUUUAAUUAGGCCGAUGAAUAAAUUCAUAACAUGACAAAGAUCUUACUCGAAAUAUUAAUCGCAUAUCUACUUGUACAAAUAUCUAUCGUUAAUAAGGACAAUUUUUGUAUAGUUUGUGCUUAAUUCACAUGUGGCAAAGUGUAAAAUUUUCACGGGUAAUUGUCGUAAAAUCUACCAAAAUACCUAGAAGCUAGACAAACACACUGGUGAAUACUAUAUAUCAUAGCGCGCAUAUACUGCAUCUUUUGUUAAUAUUUCCACACGAUAGGUUUCCACUGGUAACGAAUGUCUCAUUCGUAUAAAACAUCAAUAAUUUGUAUAAACAUUCUGUUAACAAUAUUAACUGAUGAACAGCAACGCUAAAACUGAACUGAGAAAACUGGAUAUUCGUGAACUGGAUGCACAAGUAAUAUUUACCAUAGAAUGUAUACAAUAUGUACAACCAUCAUGAGUUGUCGAUUUGACAAUAUCUCCUUAUAUCACUAAACCUCACAGCACAAAUUCGUAGCUAUACAUAAUACGCAAUUAAUUGUUAAUAAUAUAUAAUAACGGUGCACGGGGUACUGUCUUGUAAAAAUUCGGAACUUAUGGAAAGAAGCAUCUCGAGAUCUGUUCUCGCGGCACACGGUGCACUUGCACAUUUGGCACUGCUUCCUUCUCAGUCUUAAAUUUGGCGAAUUCAAGACGUGAGCGGCGACAUGCCGAUCGUUCUAGGAUCUUGUUGACCCGGCUGGGUCGGUGGACCUGGCUGAGGACCGGUCUCUAAAUUUUUCAGAAGCAUGUUUAACCAAUGCUUCGUCGAGGCGUCUUCUUGUAAGCAAGUGGCAAAAGUAUUGUCCCUUAGUUGAUCCGGUAAGCAUUGCCUUAAUGCUAAUAGUGCUCUGCGAAGUUAAUUAUAUUUAAGUUUUAGGUACUAGAUAAGAUCGCACUGCAUAUAAUAGAGAUUAAUAUUGAUAUGUUAGAAGUAUACAGAUAUUCGAAAUUGCGAGUUGAGAUUUUUGAUUGUUAAAGUGUAUUUCAGCACUUGGUUAUUUAUUUACUUUGUAGCGGAAAACGUAUUUACAAGUGAAAUUAUUUGACUCUCAGUUCUUUUAUUGAAUUAAAUUAAAAUAAAUAAUA